AUGCUGUCGUCGUCGACGGUGGCCGCAGGGCUCUGGCGGUCGUCCCGCGCAUACCAGGUGUACGCCGCAAACACUGACAUCGGCAAGACGGUGGUGUCGGCGGUACUCUUCAAUGCGAUUCCUGCGUACCGGCCGUGGGCGAGCAGUAAGCUUCGGUUCCUGAAGCCCGUCAGCGCUGGGCCGGCCGCAGAGGCUGAUGACAGGUACGCCGUAACGCUCGCCAGCGAGAUGUACCACAACAUGCAUAGACAAACACACACACACACACACACACACAUAUUGCAGGCGCUGACGGUUGGACAGGCACAUAUCUCGAUUCACCAAGGGGGUCACGACCGCGUGUUUGUACGGAUACCGCAUAAUGAUGAGCUGCUGGAGAGCAUCAAGUCUACCCUCGACUACUGGGACCAGGAUGGACCGAGUUUUGCACUGGUAGAGUCGGCUGGCGGCGUGUUGAGCCCUGGGCCGAGCGGCCUGGUGCAGGCAGACCUGUACCGUCCCUUACGGUUGCCGGUGAUUCUCAUUGCAGACCACAGGCUUGGAGGCAUCUCUGCGUCUAUAUCAGCCUACGAGUCAUUGUGUAUCCGCGGGUACGACGUUGAAGGCAUUAUCCUCUUCCAGGAUCAGUACUAUCAAAACCACGAGUACUUGAAGGAUUUCUUCAGCCAGAAGAACGUCAAGGUCUUCUCGCUGCCUCCUCCUCCUCCUCGUAAGGAGAAACUAGAUAGUGAGACUGCUCGGUUAAGGGACGAGGAAGCCAUGGCUUCGUUCUACGAGAAAACUGCCAGGCACGAUGAGGUGUUUGGCCUGAUUGACGAGCUCUCUAGCAAACAUACUGACCGCUUAAAUCGGCUCGAUUCAAUGCCAGCAAAGGCCAAGGAGGUCAUCUGGUACCCGUUCACCCAACACAAUGGAAUGACACCAAAGGAUAUAAGCGUCAUUGACUCUGCAUAUGCUGAUUGCUUCCAAACCCUGGCUCGUCCUGAGAGCAGCACUUGUGAACAUGUACUGCGACCAACAUUUGACGGAUCCGCGUCAUGGUGGACCCAGGGCCUGGGGCAUGGUAACCCGGAAUUGGCUCUCACUUCGGCCUAUGCGGCGGGUAGAUAUGGACAUGUCAUGUUUGCAGGAACCAUCCACGAACCAGCUCUCUCCCUGUCUGAACAAUUGCUGAAAACCUCGGAUAACCCUCGUCUGCAGAAAGUCUUCUUCACGGACAACGGUAGCACGGGUAUGGAAGUUGCUCUUAAAAUGGGGUUACGAGUGUCUUGCACUAGAUACGGGUGGGACGCAAGCAAGGAGGACAUUGGAAUAGUUGGUCUCAAGGGUAGUUACCACGGUGAUACCAUCGGAGUGAUGGACUGUUCAGAGCCUUCCACAUAUAACAAAAAGGUGGAAUGGUACAGGGGCCGUGGCUAUUGGUUUGAUUUCCCAAUGGUUCAGAUGACAGACGGUGUUUGGAAAGUUUCUGUUCCCCAGGGGCUGAAGAAAGAGCUUGGAGACGAUGUAUCAUUUCGAAACAUCUCUUCUGUAUUUGAUUUGAACGCUCGCAAGGAGUCCAGCAUUGCCGGACGAUAUAGAAAUUAUAUCAAAAAGACACUAGAGAACGUUGUUCAAAGUGGCCAGAAGCUCGGUGCACUUAUCAUCGAACCUAUCAUUCUCGGCGCAGGAGGGAUGUUGUUCUGCGACCCCUUAUUUCAACAGUCACUUGUCCAAGUAGUACGAGAAAAUCCCCAGAUAUUCAGCCAGUGUCACCAGCAGCCUCCUACCUCUCCAGACUCAUGGUCUGGUUUGCCCGUUAUCUUUGAUGAAGUUUUCACUGGCUUGUACCGUCUUGGCCGCCGGACUGCUGCAUCAUUUUUGGACGUGGAUCCAGACGUUUCGGUGCAUGCAAAACUACUAACCGGCGGCUUGAUGCCACUCUGCACAACUCUAGCCAGUAAUGAAGUCUUCGAGACCUUCGAUAGCCCACACAAGUCCGAUGCACUGCUACAUGGCCACAGUUACACAGCUAACCCUGUUGGUUGCUCAGUUGCAAUGGCGUCACUUCGGAAAAUGGAGAACAUGGAGAAUGCCGGAUAUUGGGAUGAAUUUGUGCAAGAUUGGAAGCGAACCACGACAACACCAGCCGGCAACAAUGCAAGGAGCCUUGCCCAGCCCGAGGUAUGGAGCUGUUGGCCACAGGCUCUUAUCUCAGAUUUAUCUUAUGCAGAUGGCGUUGAGAGCGUAUUUGCAAUCGGAUCUGUCUUGAGUAUUACACUCCGAGAUCAGCAUGGCGGAGGAUACACAUCCAAUGCCGCAAGUGGUCUGCAAAAGAAACUGACGGCUGGUGAAGGGUCAUUUAAUAUCCAUUCCCGAGUUCUGGGAAAUGUACUCUACCUUAUGGCCAGCGUCACCUCAACGCGAGAAGUGCUGUCCAAGGUAGAGACUUUGUUGCGGAAAUCUCUGGUUGAAGAGAAUAGAGAAUGCAGCGUUCAGGAGGAGGUUACUGUUCGAUAUGCAACCCUAAGAUGUUGA